UAUCCAUCCAGGACAUGGAGCUGAAGGAGGAGUGGCAGGAGGAGGAGUUCCCAGGGCCUCUCCCAGAGGAGGUCUCUGAGGAGGACCUCGAAGACUCCGGCGAGGAGCCCAGCCCAGUUGCCCCCAACACCCUGGAGCUGUGCGGGAAGCGGCACAUGAAGAAACGCCUGCCGGCGCCGAAUCUCAGCCUGUCUUUGGACCGGGCCGAGGGCUCGGUGCUGUCAGGCACCUAUCCGGAGGGCACGCCAGACGGCAGCCUGGACAUCAACGUGGACGAGCUGGAGACCCCGUCCGAGAGCGAGCUGCUGGACGGGCCCGAGGGGGGCCAUGACUUUGAGUGGGAAGAUGACCUGCCCAGAGCCCGGCGCCUGGACAGCAGCCUGCUCGAGGAGAAGCUCAGUGAGGGGCGCAUGGUGGAUGUCGAGGACAAGGACGGACGGAAGUGGAGGAUCUUCCUGACGGACGAGCAGGAACAGAAAGUGGAUCUGAGUGUGGUCGAGCCCUACAAGAGGGUCCUCUCCCACGGGGGAUACUACGGAGAAGGCCUCACCGCCAUCAUCCUCUUUGCCUCCUGCUACCUGCCCCACAGCACUGUGCCGGACUACCAGUACAUCAUGGAGCACCUGUUCCGGUAUAUCAUCGGGACGCUGGAGGUGAUGGUGGCAGAAAGCUACAUACUGGUGUGUCUGAACGGUGCCACGCUCCGCAGCCAGGUCCCGUCCUUCAGUUGGAUAAAGCAAUGCUACCAGACCAUUAACAGGCGGCUCCGGAAGAACCUGAAGGCCAUGAUUAUUGUCCACCCCACUUGGUACAUCAAGGCGCUGAUGGCUGUUAUCCGCCCCUUCCUCAGCUCCAAGUUUGGCAGGAAAGUGCAGUUCAUGGACAGCCUGUGGGAGCUGUCUCAGCACAUUCCUCUUGAGCAAGUGCAGAUCCCCGACUGCAUCCGACAACUGGAUCACAGCUGGAAUGGCUCCCAGGACACACAGUGGUGACACCAGCCGGAGAUGUGCAGCAGCAGAGCCCGGCGCCAGUAGGGGGCAGUAGCGCUGCAUAGUCUGUGACUACCUCUUCCCCCCGGCCCUUUAAAGGAAAAUCCCAAAAGACAGUGGUUGGGGAGGGUGUUUGCCGCCAGGGCUUUGUAAAUAGACCCAGCUUCAAUGGAUGCAUUGGUAUAAGCACUGGGGGCUUUUAAGGCUAGGCCAGCUUAACUGGAGGACUUUGCGUGCACAGCAUUUUUAGGUGAAUGCUGUUUCAGUUAGAAACAUGGCCGUAGGAGGGUGUGAGAUAUUGGGGUCAGGACAGGCGUUCUCUGGCCUGUUAGAUGGGGGGCAGAUCUCUCCAGCCUGAACGUCUACACUAAUUUUACAGCUUUGCCGUCCAAGCCCCACAAGCCUGAGUCAGCUGACUCUCAGGGGUUAAUCACUGUGUAGAUGUACCCUGUGGAUUUAAAACCAGAAUCAGUGUUGGUUUCUCUCAGAUCAGUCCCGGUUAGCUUUAAGGAUGAAAACAAGUUUUUUCACCUGCACAGCCAGGAUAGGAGAGGGAGUUAGAGUCCUUUUCACCUUAGCUCAGUGUGCACCAAGGAAGCAGGAACUCAACAUUUGGGUUACCCUGAAUGGCACUAAUGUAUCAGCCAGGCACACAAUGGGCCAUAGGGACUCCAUAGAACAGGUGCAGUGCAGCUCCUCUUAAACCUGCCGAGCUUUCCCCAGCAUGCAAUGAGGAUGUGCAAAUGGGCACUCUCAUGUUUCAGGGCUUCUGCUGGUGGCCUGCAGGGAUCAGGAAGGAAUUUGGGCCAGAUGUCUUUGGAGGUUAGGUUUUUUUUUCCUGCCUUUGUCGGAAGCAGCAGAGAUUGGCUGUAGCUGGAGACGGAUCGCUGGAGCCCCGCAGAGCUGAUCCAGCUCUGGAAGAAAGCGUUGGAUUGUAUUCUGCCUCCCGCAUCACUGGCGGAAUCGGCACUUUGACUCCAGCUGCAGAAUUUUGUUCCCAAGAGGCACGAACAUGGUGUGGCAGCAUUAGUUUCGUUAAAAAUCCUGGCCGUGAUAGACGGUGCAAGAUGGGGAGCAGGACCAGGACAAAUACAUUUCACAGAGAAAGUUUUUAUCCCAAGUGUUUAUUGUGAGGCGUCUGAUGCAGGAAAUUAACUAGUUCUCCCAACACCCAGCUCUGCUAUAACCUGCCAUUUAGCUUCUUUGCUACACAUCCUUGCUGGUUGUCUCUGGCUGCCCAGGUGUGCUUUCUUAGUUCUUGAUUAGUUUGUAAGAUCUCCUGGAUGGGAGGCUUCAGCCCCGCAUAUCUGUCCCCCACCAUGCAGGCGAGGAAGCUACCUCAGUUAACUCCGUGUUACUCAGCCAUUGUUAAGCAACAAAUUGCCUGCUGCUGCCACAUUGCCAGCAGCCCCCCACGCUGUUAAACCGAGGGAAGUUUUCAGAUCAGAGAGGGGGAUUUUCCAAGGCAGCAGGCAACUCGCUCCGCAGACUCAACUGAUUUUCAAUAGGUGCCCAACAGCCCAGAGUGUCUUUGGCACGUCACCUCCAAGGUCACUUGCCACAUGUCGGCUUUUCACUUUUCUUUUGCCUUUGACUUUGGUUGAGGCAGAUAGUACUGGGCACUUUCACUUUCUGGUGGGUGCUGAUGAGUUUAGGUUCCCAAUAUGGCAAGAGGGGGUCGAAUUGUCCCGUACAUCUAAGGGUCGUCAAGUGCCUUAGAGCUGGAGCCUCAAAGGUGCUUCGGUGCCUAACUCACACACAUGUCACUGGGAGUCAGGCACCUAAAUAUGUCUGAGACGCUGGUCCUUAGGGGUAUAGAUCUCACUGAAAGGCAAUGGGAUUUGGGCUCCUGUCACUUAGCUGCUUUUGGAAAUUUGACCCCAAGUCCCAUUUUCAAAACUGACCUAGGCAAGAUUUUCAAAAGGGGCUAGUGAAUGGAAGUGGGGAGUGAUUUAAGGAUGUUACAUAUCAGUUAAUUGACUAGUCGAGUAGUCAAUGGAAUUUUCAUUGACUAGUCGAUAGGCAUUUCC